GACUUGCAAAUCAAAAUAAUAUGAUUAGACUAGAUACAUUAAGUUUAACUUGGACAAUAUUUUCUACAGAGACAAUGGCACCUAUUGGAGUUGAGAGUUAUAGCGCUAUUCUUUUAAACAAUUCGUCUAUAUUAUAUAUUGGAGGCCAAUCAGAUAGCAUUAAUGGAUUUCUUUACGCUUCACUUGAUAAGUCUACAUCGGGAGAUAUUCCUUCGCCACGAUCUGAUCACGGGGCUGUAUAUACCCAAAUUUUGAUUCUUUAUGGAUAUCCAGAUUCUUCAAUUAUGGCACUUGAUAUCUUGAAAUUUGAAUGGUCAAGACCUACAAUUUCGAGUGGUGACCCUAACAUUAUUUUAAGACGUUUUACUUCAAUACUAAUUGGAGCAUACGUUUUUAUUGCAUUUGGAGCAUCUGGAUCUGGAUGGGGGAUGAAUAGCACAAAUAAAGUUUUUCUUCUUGAUGUGAGUCAAAAAGAUAAUUAUAAAUGGGUUGCAUCAUAUGAUCCUGCAAAGCCAUUUCAACCUGUUCAAUCUUCUAUGACUUCAGCAUCUAUUAAUAUUGGUGCAAUUAUUGGAGGAACAUUUGGUGGAAUUGCGAUGCUUAUAAUAUUAUCAACUGCAGCAGUCCUUAUUAUUAAAAAAUAUGGACGUACCUCUCAUUCUUUUAUAAUUACACAAACAACUUUUCUAUACACUAGCCAACGUGAUUAA